UUAUUAUGCGUGUCUCCAUCUCCAACCUCCUCCCCAGUCCGAGUCCCUCUCUCGUUUCCUCCUUCCGGGGAUCACCACCUACCUUCCUCACUACCACUCCGUCACCUCCCUCUCUCUCUCUCUCUCUCUACAAUGCUCGCGGCUCAUCCGUGCGUCCGCGCGAUCUCCGGCCACGGCGCCGCCGAGCAGUCGCGCGCCGGCCGGCUGACGAUCGCGGCUCCAUGUACUUCCUCUCCCCUCCGCGCGUCGGUCCGGCCGCGGGGAGGGAGGAGUCGGUGCCGCGGCGGCGGCGGCGUCAAGUCCCGGCCCGUUUCGUGCAGGUCGUCCCGCGGGAGCCCCGGCGGCGGAUCGAGCUGCCCCGACGACGGCGACGGCUACGGCUACGGCGACGACGACGGCGACUACCUCCAGGCCUCUCUCCUCCUCGCAGAAACCAUUUCUCACUACCGUAUGCGGAGGAGAGGAUAUCAAGUAGAUGUGAGGAGUCAAUUAUCAAGCCAGUUGCAUCCAUUUGCAGUUAAAGCAAGGGGUCCUAGUGUAGAUCAAGGUUUCCUUCACCGAUUUCAGAGUCCUACAAUUUUUCUUAAGAUUGUUUGUGAUGGAGAUUUCCUGCUACCCAUUGUUGUAGGAGAAUUUGCAAUUGAAAAACUAAUUGAUGCCCUUCGCAGUGGUGAAGAUGGGGACUGUGCAGAUCAAUUUGAUUUUGUGAAGGAUCUUACAGACAAAGUUGGUUUUGAAAUAAAGAUGGUAAGGAUCACACAAAGAGUGGCAAACACUUACUUUGCCAGAUUGUAUUUCAGCAAGUCAGGGAAAGAUGAUGUCCUAAGUGUAGAUGUUCGUCCAUCAGAUGCCAUAAAUGUGGCUUAUAGGUGCAAGGUGCCAAUAUAUGUAAAUAAGCAAAUUGUCCUCAGAGAUGCUAUCGGAUUUAGCUAUGGAACAGGGAGAACGCGUGACAGAAAACCAGUCUAUGAUGUCUUACUUGACAGUGCUUCAGACGGUCCAGAUGCACUGGCUGAAGAACUUCAUAUAGUCAAAAACAUGAAUCUAGCUAUCAAAGAGGAACGAUACAAUGAUGCAGCCUUGUGGAGAGAUAAACUAAUGAAGCUUCGUAAAUCAAAGGCGUAACCAUUAGGCAAAUCGGAAGGAUUCUCUUGUACAAAGAAAGUGCCUACCGAUCCCAAGUACUUGGUCGUGAUGGUGGCAUGUUUCCAGACUUCACUCGGGGGACCCUGAAAAUUGACUGGGGUAAAAAGGCAUGGGGGAUCAAAUGCAGGUCGAAGGGCGGUUAAAGUAAGUUUCUGAGUUCUAGAAAAUUGAGGCAGCUCCGAAAUGUACAGCUUUGGGUUAGAUGAGUGCCGCCUCUAACUUGACUCCACAAUCAUGUAUGCCCGCCUCCUUUUAUACUACGGAGGGCCAUUAUUACUUGGAAUUACUGAUCGUACUCAAAUCACAUAGUUAAAAAUGUAUCGUCCCAAAAUACGACCGAUAUGUUAUACCACAUAUCAGUUGAAUGCUAAUGUCUGUGUACAUACAUGUAAAUGCUCUCAUUAUUUAUCAAAGUGUUGGAUAAGUUAAGGAUGUGUGGCUUUCGAA